AUGACAAUAAAACCCGAGAAGCAGACGAAUGGCUUUGCUCUUUUAUUCUGCCUCACACCCCCAGCCUGUCCCAGUGAAAUCCAGAGGCCGCAGCUGCGGGAAUGCGCCUCUCUCGCCGCCAUCAAGAAGACGCUGGAGAGCGAAGGAUACGACGUGCGGAAGAACAAGGGCCGCAUCAAGACUGUGCUUCGUUAUCUCCUGAGCCAAGGGGCCCUGCGUCGGGUCAGCGGCAGCGGCGCCUCGGGCUCUUUCAGGCUCCAGCGGGGAGGCGGCGCCGCCAAAGCAGAAACGAGGGAAACAGCCGCGGCCAAGAGGCGCCAGAGCUCGGCGAAGACAGGAACCGCUGCCCCAGGGCCAAAUGACCCCAGCGGGGAAAUCAAACCGGCUGCUGCACGGCCCAAGAGGGUCAGCGGGAGCCCGGGCAAAAUCAGGGGGACGGUGGCAACGCGCAGGAAGCAAAUCUUAGAAGAUAUUAUUAAGGGCACCUUCCUUCUGCAGUGA